GGUGACGUCGUUACUAUGAUACACUAACGUCAAACGUCAAACAACAUUGUUAGUUAUUAGCCACUUUUAUUACAUCGCUCGCAAAUAUUGGCAAAACAUGGCAAAACAAAUCGACACAACAGCUAGAAACAGUGUUUGGAGACGACUUUCUAAGAAUAUCAGCAAAAGUAAGAUCGGUGCAUUUGCACGUUGUAUAAAUGAAGCGCUUGGAAAUCUGAGUCUCUGCAAAACCGCAGGAAGAAGACGUCAGAAGAUGGACAGUACUGAUUACAUUUUAGAAGAUGAAGAGGUAUCUCCACGUGGAGCAAUAGGAUUCGUAUAUCCAGAAGAUAGAUAUCGUAGCAAUAGCGAACUGCUAGAACAGUUAGAAGUGCUGGAAAAAAGAUUUAACAAACAGUCAGAGAUAAUUGCUGCAGCGAAAGGUACGCACGUGCAUCUGAAGAAAGCAAAGCCAUAUCACGGAUAUAUUUCACCAGAUCUUGGAAUGGAACCUAAUGUUACCAUACGUCCAUCUCAGAACAACGAGGACAGAUUUGCCAUCAUACAAAAGCUGGUUAAACAACUCCAACACAGAGGACAGAACAUAGAAGGUUAACAAUUUCUCAUUACC